AAUAUCUGAGAUGGGUCCACUGGUUCAGCCUGAUGAUUGCAAGUUAAAUCUCAACUGCUCGCCAGUUACGUUGUUGGCUGCGUAAAUGAUAACGGCCAACGCCUCCCUCACAUUAUCAGUACUGUCGUUCAGUCUUUCGAUGGCAAGGAUGACACUAUGCUUUUUGGCGAGCUUGCUCCCAUAUUAUGGGCGAUGCGCAACCGUGCCAACCAGAUCAAGGCUGACAGAAACGACGAAGAGGCCCAGGAAGUCCUUUUUCAUAAGUCAGAAGAGGAAUUAAACAGCAUGCCACUGGAGUUCGCCACGGAAAGGAGAUUCCCGGUCCUUAUACUGUCGUUCGUGGGACCCCAGCAUGGGCGCUUGUUCUACGCAUGCAUGGAUGGCGAGAGGCUUGUUAUCCGGCAGUCUAAGAAUUAUAGCUUUGAGAAGACGGAUACUGCGCUCUGGGACUUUUUUGCACGUUUCCUGAUGAGCAGGCCCAUGGAAGAGGAUAUAUGAGAUUCGCAAAAUAGUCCUGUGUUGCACUGAAUAUAAGAUUAC